UAAGAAGUUAGCUCCCCGUUACGUUAGUCCAUUCCCCAUCAUCUCUAUAAUUAAUCCCGUAGCUGUCAAGCUGGCUCUCCCACCCUCGGUUAAGAGACACCCAGUAGUACAUGUUUCACAAAUAAAACCGGUAGCGGAGAGCGCUCUGUCACCCCCUGUCCCUGCCCCCCCUCCCUCUAGGUUCCUGGAAAAUGGAGAUCAGGUUUGGACGGUUAAAGAAAUCCUCAGGGUCCGUCGACAGGGUAGGGGGCUUGUGUAUCUGGUAGACUAAGAAGUUAUCUCCCCGUUACGUUGGUCCAUUCCCCAUCAUCUCUAUAAUUAAUCCCGUAGCUGUCAAGCUGGCUCUCCCACCCUCGGUUAAGAGACACCCGGUAGUACAUGUUUCACAGAUAAAACCGGUAGCGGAGAGCGCUCUGUCUCCCCCUGUCCCUGCCCCCCCUCCCUCUAGGUUCCUGGAAAAUGGAGAUCAGGUUUGGACAGUUAAAGAAAUCCUCAGGGUCUGUCAACAGGGUAGGGGGCUUGUGUAUCUGGUUGACUGGGAGGGUUAUGGACCAGAGGACAGGUCUUGGGUACCGCGCCAACCCUGAUGCUACCCGGUGCUCGUCGGGUGCCUCGCCAAAGGGGGGGUACUGUAACUGCGCGGAUUCGAACCCGCUUCCCUCCUGCAUCUGAUUGUCACAGUACCUCCUCUGGCUGCUCGCUCGGACACGCCCCCGCUCGCGCCCCACGCACACGCAGCAACAAGCCUGCAGGUAAUCACUCAUCAGCACACUUGGUCUUGAUGAAGAGGGAGCAGUUUAAAGAGACAGCAAAGCCAAGAGGCCUUCGCCAGAACGUAGCCAAUCUCACCUGAUGUCUUCAGUGAUUUUGUCCUUGCCCCAUGACCUUCCGGAUUGUUGCUUGCCUUCCUCGAUCCUUGACCACUGUUUGGACCCUGACAUCAUUGCCUCUCUCCAGCCCCCGACUGCUUGCCUUCCCGCUGACUACCCCUUUGCCUCACCAUUUUUGGAUUCGACAAACGAUACAUCCAAUAUGAACCGACAGCAACCUCUGGUAAAUUCACAUUGGUUAAUUCCACACAUAGUUUGCAUUCACUCAUUAGUGGUAGCGUACACAUCCCACACAUUCAUUAAAGGUUUAAACAAACCUUCAAAACACAGUUCUGCCUUGCUGUCACGUCCUUCCCUUUGCCUAGUUCAAAGGACUCCGGCUUAUUAGUGAUCCCCAAAGCCCAAAAAAAGUCUGCGGGCUGUAGAGCUUUUUCAUUUCGGGCUCCAGUACUCUGGAAUGCCCUCCCGGUAACAGUUCGAGAUGCUACCUCAGUAGAAGCAUUUAAGUCUCACCUUAAAACUCAUUUGUAUACUCUAGCCUUUAAAUAGACUCCCUUUUUAGACCAGUUGAUCUGCCGUUUCUUUUCUUUUUCUUCUAUGUCCCACUCUCCUUUGUGGAGGGAGUCCGGUCCGAUCCGGUGGCCAUGUACUGCUCGCCUGUGUAUCGGCUGGGGACAUCUCUGCGCUGCUGAUCAGCCUCCGCUUGGGAUGGUUUCCUGCUGGCUCCGCUGUGAACGGGACUCUCGCUGCUGUGUUGGAUCCGCUUUGGACUGGACUCUCGCGACUGUGUUGGAUCCAUUAUGGAUUGAUCUUUCACAGUAUCAUGUUCUCAUAUGUUCUCAUAGUCAUCAGUAUCAUCAGUAUCACAGUAUCACGUUCUCAUAGUCAUUAUUGUCACCGAUGUCCCACUGGGUGUGAGUUUUCCUUGCCCGAGGAUGUCGUAGUGGUUUGUGCAGCCCUUUGAGACACUAGUGAUUUAGGGCUAUAUAAGUAAACAUUGAUUGAUUGAUUGAUAGUGCAUAACACCUGGUUAGUUACUAUAUGUGAGCACUUCCAUUUUCUCUGUUUCUUUUUCUUUCAGCUCACCUGUUUAAUUGGUAAUUAGGCCUAUUUAAAUUAUUUCUGGUUCACUUGUCACUGUUUGCCCUUGUGCUGCAUGACUUGCUGCUCUUAUGCACUCGGCACUAGGCUGCUGUUUGCAAUCUUUAGUUAUUUUUCCCAGUUUGAUUAAACUAUUUUAUUUUGUGCCGUUGAACAGUCAAAGGUCGGGUUUUCUGAAAAAUUUCACAAGUAUUUAUUUAAAACUGGUCACUGGCAAAAUGUUACAGCGCUGGUCUAACGCCCAAAAAGGUGUUGUCCAUGGCCUACAUGAGAAAGCAUUUGCAAAAGUGAGCCCAGGUGAAAAAUCCUGCAAUGGGUCAAUGAGUCCGAAAAUAUUUACCCUAGUGAAGCCAGUACAUGGAGAAAAAGGGGGAAUGAUGGAGAGAGAGAAACUUGUGUUGUCCCACCCAUCAAUGAGGGGAAUUUUGUGAAAAGGAUGUGUAGCUAAUUAAAAUUAUUAUCAUUAUAAUUGAAAAAAUAUUCAUAUUUGUGAUUAGUUCUUCCUUUUGAGAACUUUGACCAUUGUACCAUUCUUUUAUCAGCUAUCGUAGCUCAUCUUAAACUUGGGGUAACAUUUGGAGCCAUUUUUCUUUCAGCCUUGUGCAAAUGUUUAGAAAUACUAAAACAUGCAUCAAUGUCCCCAAAACAAAGUCAGGCAUAGGGAUGGCUUAAGAUGCAUAUGUGCUGCAUAUGUGUUUGUGUGUGUGUGUGCUUAAUCAAAUGAAGUUCAAGACCAAUCUACAUGAAUUUAAAUGUAUACUUGUUACAAAAUUCGAACGACUUGCAAGUUGUCGUCUAUCUCUGCAUCCUGGGGUCACUACAAGCUCAACCACUCACAACCGUGUCAUGUCUGUUUCUUCUACAGCAAUCAGGAAUAUUGUUAAUUUAGUAUGAGGCAUGUACUCUUGAGCAGGAAAACUACAAUUAAAACAUGUUUUAUUCUAGUAGCUUCCCUGUUGUGUGAUUAAAUUGUUUUUUUUUUCUUAGCAGCAACCUACCAGUGCUUUAAUCCACAUAAUCUUGUGAUGCUUCUCUAAUUCCGUCUGUUGAGGCUCUAUAAUUAACAGCCUUGCUCUAGAAAUCUGGGUCACGAGCUUGAAGCCAGAUUGUUGCAACACAUUUUUGACUGAAACUGGAAGUCAUGGAAGUCCAAGACCUGAUGAGGCGUGACUGGGAUGUUGAUUCUUACGAUGACACCAGCUCAAACUGUCCUGUUUCAGAGCAACUUGCCCGUGUGUGGGACAAACCAACAGUGGUUAAGUGCGAAAGUUCUCGCUCAUUUGCCAAGGAUGCAAGGAUGAGACUUGACUAUUUGAAAUUUGGAUCCCAAGUACCUCGCGGUGCCAAAGAGGGAGCAAUGCAUCACGGUGAGAGUGAAAAAACCCACACUGUGUUGGAUUUAGUGGAGCUUCUUGAUAUCAAGGAUGAGGUGGAAGAUGAAGAGAGUUGGCUAUACGAGUCUCCAGAAACGGCAACAUCAGUAGAGUCUCCUCUCAGAUGGUGUCGACAUGUCCUGGAUAACCCGACUCCUGAGACGGAGGCUGCAUGUCGUUUGCUGACAAAUAAGCUGAACCAAAGUUCAAGCCGAAGCGCCUUCUUCAGACAGCCUGCAGGGCAACCUCAGAGGGAUCAGUACACAUCUGUCAACACUGUGCGCUACACCUCUUACACUUCAGAAAACAAUGAUGUGACCUAUGAAGCCAUAAGCAGCAACUACAAACUGGAAGACAUCACCGAUGUUCACAUCAUGGCUCGUAUACAAGAAGACAGUUUACGACAGGACCAGGCUUCAGCUGGAAGUAGCUCCGAGUCACAAGUCAGACUUCGCCAGCAAGUCGCCCAGUUCAAGUUGCUCAAAAGAGCUCAGAAUGGAGCCAGGACACAGUCCACCUUGCGGACCAGCCUUCGCUCGCUCCAGGCAGUGAGAAAUAGUCGUAGUUUGGACAUGGACGACUUCCUCCCUGCUCAUCAAGCAUCAAACACCUUUCUUCCAUCAGGUGGUGUCUCAGUUGUCUCCUCUUCCAGAAUGGAGCGGCAUUGCGGCCCUUCGUCCAUGAACGCCAACGACUCGUCAUCACACUUGGAGAGAAGCUGUUCAGUUCAGAAGAUGGCCAUGAGGGAGGUGCAGAGGUCUCAGUCCCUCAGCCCCCGUCGACUCCCUCAUUCUGCUAAGAGAUAUUUGUCCUUCACUUCAUGCGUGCAUGCAUCACCUGAGAGGAUAACAAGCACAGCUUGGGGCAGCAAAGUGUCUUCCACUCCACGCUGAAUGUUUAGGAUGAGAGGAUAACACUACAGUAUAGUCUGCUUACUUCUGUGCUGCAAUGGAUCUUGGAAAAAGUCAUAUAUGUGUGUGCGAAUGUGAGUGAAUGUUGUCUAUCUGUGUUGGCGAUGAGGUGGCAACUUCUCCCACCCAGCACACCCUCCCCCACCCCGAGAGGUACAAGUGGUAGAAAAUGAAUGGAAGGAUUGCUAUGAUGUCAUGCACUUCGUGACUAUUAUCUGCUGUUAUAAUCUUAAUUUCUAGCAUUUAAACUGAACAUUAAUGCAUUUUCUGGGGCCAUUGCACAACAUUAAAUUGAGUAAUUGAGUUUAAGUUUAUUUGGAACAUGCAAGCAUACAACAUGAUACAUCACAAUUUCCAGUUUCUCUUUUCAACAUGUUCGAAAAGGAGUAGGAAGAAGCAGAGUUUAUUUAAUCCUACCCCUUUUCUUUUACAUAACAGUUGCUAAAACUUUUGUUCACUUCCUGUUCUCAAUGUAUUCACAAUGUACUCCAUAAGUAAUCACAAUAAAAAUAAAUAGAUAAAUAAUUGGUGAAGUAAGUUUUAUUCCAUACGAUGAGAUAAGUAAGAUUA